AUGAAUUUGCGGUCCAAGUAUGGUGAUUGUAACAUUCUUUAUAAUUUUCAAGAAGCUGCAAAAGCAUACACAUCAGAUGAGUUCUCUGUUUAUUUUGAUGCAAUAAUGGAAUCAAAUGUGGAAGCUGGUUGGUAUCUUGAAAAUGAUAUUGGGUUUGAGAAAUGGGCGAGAGCCUGUUUUCCUGGAAAUAGAUACAAUUUGAUGACAACAAAUAUUUCAAAAUCACUCAACGCAGUUUUAAAGGUUCAAAGAAGUUGGCCUAUUGUUUCUGUACUCAAAGCUAUCCAAGAUAAUAUGAUCAAGUGGUACGUUGAACGCAGCGGCAGAGCUCAAAAUAGCAUUCAUUUCUUAACCUCUAAAGCUGAGGGGUUGGUUCGAGAUCAUUAUGUUGCCUCUUGUUUGCUAGCUCCUACCGGUUUAAACGAACAUGAGUUUCAUGUACAUGGUGACAUAGAUUGUUUGAUGGAUAAACUCCCGUGUAAGCACGCGAUAGCAGUUUUGAAACUAACCCCAGGCCAAGACAUAUGGGAGGAGAUAUAUAAAUUGUGUGAUUCUAAAUACCUGAAUGAGACGUGGAAAAAAGCUGGGGAUAGAACAAUUUAUCCUGUUCCUCACCCAAAAAUAUGGAUGAGACAAUCAGAGGAACAAAGAGUGGUUCAUCAUCCUUCCAUAAAAUUGCCUAAAGGUCGCAAGAGAGAGAAUUGUGCUCCUUCAAUUGGCGAUAAUCCAAAGAGGAAGAAGCAAUGA